CAUGAUUAGAACUGUUCCUGCUAAUCCUCAUGAUAAAAUUAUGUGUACUUAAUUAGCGUAAAAUGCUGUACAUGGAGCAAUGGCUGGAUUUUCAGGAUUCACCGUUGGACAUGUUAAUAAUAGGUUAGCAUAUAUACCAAUUGAAGAAUUACUCUCUGGUAAAUAUUCAAAUAGAGUUGUUGCUGAUAGUCGAGAAUGGCAAAGACUCCUUGCCAGUACUGGAUAACCUUCAUUCUUAAAUAAUGAAGAAUAGAUGAUCUAAAAAUAGUAAUAAAUUUGA